GAGGGACGAGGGAGUCGGCCAUCUUGGGUUCGCCCGGGCUGUGAGCUACGAGCGAGCGGGGGAGGGACUGGCUGGGUUGCGGAAGUGGCCGCGUUCGCUCCCCCGUAGUGGAGAGAGAGAGGCGAGAAGGAGAGUCCAGGGGCCCCCACCUUUCCCCGGCCAGCACCAUCUCUAGCGAGGAGGAUGGCAGGGCGGCUACCGGCUUGCGUGGUGGACUGCGGCACGGGGUAUACAAAACUGGGAUAUGCUGGAAAUACAGAACCACAGUUCAUCAUUCCUUCAUGUAUUGCAAUCAAGGAAUCGGCAAAAGUUGUUGAUCAAGCACAAAGGAGGGUUACGAAAGGUGUGGAUGAUUUAGACUUCUUUAUUGGGGAUGAAGCAAUAGAAAAACCAACUUAUGCAACAAAGUGGCCUAUCCGCCAUGGUAUAGUUGAAGACUGGGACUUGAUGGAGAGGUUUAUGGAGCAAGUUAUCUUUAAAUAUCUAAGAGCAGAACCGGAAGAUCAUUACUUUCUUUUGACUGAACCUCCACUAAAUACUCCGGAAAAUAGGGAAUAUACUGCUGAGAUAAUGUUUGAGUCCUUCAACGUUCCAGGACUGUACAUUGCUGUUCAGGCUGUCCUUGCCUUAGCUGCAUCUUGGACAUCGAGACAGGUAGGAGAACGGACAUUGACUGGCACAGUUAUAGACAGUGGAGAUGGUGUUACUCAUGUUAUUCCUGUGGCUGAAGGCUAUGUGAUUGGCAGCUGUAUCAAACAUAUUCCAAUUGCAGGACGAGAUAUAACAUACUUCAUUCAGCAACUGCUGAGAGAGCGAGAAGUAGGAAUUCCUCCUGAGCAAUCCUUGGAAACUGCUAAAGCAGUGAAGGAGCGCUUUAGUUAUGUCUGCCCUGAUUUAGUAAAAGAAUUCAACAAGUAUGACACUGAUGGUACAAAAUGGAUUAAACAGUAUACCGGAAUCAAUGCAAUCUCAAAGAAAGAAUUCACCAUUGAUGUUGGUUAUGAGAGAUUCCUGGGGCCGGAGAUCUUCUUUCAUCCUGAGUUUGCUAAUCCUGACUUCACACAACCCAUUUCAGAAGUAGUAGAUGAAGUUAUUCAGAAUUGUCCUAUUGAUGUUAGACGUCCUCUGUAUAAGAAUAUCGUCCUCUCUGGAGGUUCGACCAUGUUCAGGGACUUUGGUCGCCGUUUACAACGAGAUUUGAAAAGAACUGUUGAUGCCCGGCUGAAACUCAGUGAGGAACUGAGUGGUGGCAGACUGAAGCCCAAACCUAUUGAUGUACAAGUCAUUACGCAUCAUAUGCAAAGAUAUGCAGUUUGGUUUGGAGGAUCAAUGCUGGCUUCCACACCUGAGUUCUACCAAGUAUGCCACACCAAAAAAGAUUAUGAAGAGAUUGGUCCUAGCAUCUGUCGUCACAACCCAGUGUUUGGAGUCAUGUCUUAAAACUGACCUGAGAGGGGUCAGGGCUAGGGAAUGGGGGAAAAGGAGGGUCUUGCUGAUUACUUGUUUGUCUGGAUGGCGGGUAUUAAAAUAACAAACAUGACUUGACAAUAAGAAAAAGACCAAACACAAUUAAACAGGAAUAUUUUAAUAAGUGUCUCAAUAUGCGGAUAUAGUGGAAAGCCAAAAUAAUUAAGUGUUUUUCUUUAGAUUGAAUAUUUGAACCUGUGCGUAACAAAACAAAGAAGUGGGUUUUAGUUCUUUCUGUGCCCUGAUAUUUUGUAUAUUGAUGAAUUAUCCAAGAUUUGAUGGGAUUUGACGGUGUGUAGAUAGUCAGCUCUCUAAUGCUUCAAUUGUACUCUUACAUGUGUACAAUGCAAGAACUUGUUUAUAUUUCAUACUUUUUUAUACUUUGAGGAAAAAUAUCAAUUAAAGAAAAACUGUAAUAUUUGAGGGAAAAAUACCAGUGACCAACUUAAUGGUAAAUUAAAAAAUAUAUAUAUUGGGCACAUGAAGCUUACUCAUGUGACUCUAGUUAUUGCAAACUAUGACCAAUCUAAAUCCUCGGUCCCAACUUUGCAAGUGCUUUUGGAACAAAGAAGCUAGUAUCUUGGGUUAACCGAUGCCUGCUAGUGCUUUCUGAUUACUCGGUGCAUUUUCAUUCUAUUUCUUGCUUAAAAAAACAAAAGUAAAGACAAGACUGUUGGACCAGUAUUGCAGUUCCGUAGUGUCAUUUCUAAUUAAAAAAACAAAUAAUCCCAUUAUCGAAAGUGGUGUAUUUUAAAGCCUACCACCAUUCCAAUAAAGGCACAACAUUUCUUUUUA